AUGCCGCCUAAAGCUAAGCGAACAAAGGCCGAGGAGGCAGCAGCCUUCCUGUCUACUCUCGACGACUUUGACGUCCCCGCCACGACCCCUCCUCCUCCAGGUCCGGCCGAACCCUCGUCCGCCACCGCGUCCUCCCCCGCGCCCGCUGACAGCAAGCGGAGCUUCAAGACCGGUGUUGACGCGUCGAUUGCGCCUCCGUCCAAGUCGGGUUCGCCCGCUCCUGCGGCGUCCGCGGAGCAGGACGAGGAAGCAGCGAACGCGCUCGCAUUCCUCGAGGAACAGAUCAAGACCAAGCGCGCUCCUCUAUCUGUCCCUGGACCAGGAUCGCUCCGAGGCGGGCCUGGCGGGCUCGCGUCGACUUCGUCUCCCCUGUCUGGACCAAAGGCAUCCGUGACGCCCGAACCACCCGCGCCGAACGAGCCAAGCAGCAGUAUGAGCGCGCAAGCGGGAGGAGGAUGGGGAUCGUGGUGGUCGACAGCGGCGACGGCGGUUCAGACCGCGCAGAAGAUUGCGGAUGAGGGGUACAAGAAGGUGCGAGCCGAAGGGGUGCAGGGGUUGGAGGGGGUCAAGGUGGCCGGGGUGGAUCUGGGGAGUUUGAAGAAGGGGGCAGAGGAGAGGUUGAAGGGUAUACAGGCGAUGCAGAUACAGGGUCUGGACCUGGACAAGCUCCGCCAGGAUCUUCUGCACAACACCCAAUCCGCCCUGUCAACACUGAUGAACACCGUCGCGCCGCCUAUAUCAGAGCACGAGACGCUUGAGCUUUGGCUGUCGCAUCCACUGGUGGGAUACGCCGGUGUCGAGGGAGUGGUCUAUCGCGCGUGGAUGAGGAUACUGGAGCAGACGGAAAGUGGCGAGUUGGUCGUGGUGUGGAGCGCACCAGACUCAGCUGAGGGCCUGGAGGAGAGGGGGAUGUACCCUGUAGAUGGGUGGCAGGCGGGCUGGGAAGUCGCACAGAAGGAGAUUGGUGCGGUCAGGGCGAGGGAGGAGAAGAAUCCGGUCGGGCGAGGCAAGGAGAACCCGAGCGUACCAGUCACGACUGUGCCAAUCUUCCUUCACCUCCAGCCCGUCCUCGCUCCCCUCCCAUUCGCUGAACCUUCAUUACUCCUCCCAUCUUCCACCGAGACCGAGCCCACCUCAUCCAAACAGCCCAAUCACCUCUACUUUAUCGUCAGCCUCCACGACCCGACUCACUCUAUCCGCUUCACCACGACCACGCAACCAAGCCCGGCGGACUGGCUCGAGGUGGAAUAUGAGCGGAGCGACUGGGUCGAGGAGCGUUUGGUGGAUGUGCUGAGGACAGGCGUGGAGAUCGUGGCUCAGGACUACGUCGCGACGCGGAUGGGACUCAAGGCAAAGGGAGGCACGACCACCCCUCCUGGAGCAGAUUCGGCGCCCGUGACUGCUUUUUCGCUACCGAGCGGACAGGAGGAUAAGAAGGAGUAG